AUGGAACUCUUGGCCAUGUGGCAUGGGCUGAACUUGGUUUGGGAUAGGGGUUUCAGACAAGUUAUUUGUCAGUCAGACUCAACCGAAGCUUUAGCUCUGGUGCUUGGUGUGCCUCCUCCGCGGCAUCGCUAUGCAGCUCUGAUUUGGAGUAUCAAGGAUCUUCUAUCGCGAGAGUGGGAGGUGUCCAUGACCCACAUGCUCCGAGAAGGGAACUCAUGCGCUGAUUUCCUUGCGAAGUACGGUGCAAUGCAGGAUGAGCCUUUGGUUUUGCCGCAAGAGCCUCUUCCUGGGAUGACACAGCUCUUGUUCUGGGACUCUGUGGAGUUCUUGUUUGAGAGGGGUUGA